CACCAGCCAAAAUCUAGCUAAAUUUUUUAUCAAAUGCAGUUGAGUCUAAUUCUGAUAAGAAGGUUAAAGUGAAGAAUUAGUUAGAAUAUUAAAAAGACACUACUAUUGGUGUCUGACGUGGCAUGUCGUCGACGGGAGCUUAAUCUAAUUAUGGAGAAACCGAAUGCGGAAGAGGCGUUACAGCGAGAGGCAGAUAAUUUGCGAAAACUCGGACAAAACAAAGAUGCUGAAAACAAAUAUUCUGAAUGCAUAAGACUCUUACAAGAUGCUUUACGGGAAUGUGGUGCUUGCGAACAGAAACAGUCCAUGGAGGCUGCCUUAGCUCGUGCCUACAAUGACAGAGGUUUUGUUAAAUAUCUCCAAGUAGAAUUCAAAUCUGCUGUGGAAGAUUAUACGUCAUCAUUGGAACUGAAGGAAACGGAGCAGGCGUACUAUAACAGAGGACUGAUUAAGUACAGAUUAAGUUAUUUUGAUGAAGCUAUUCAGGACCAGCAGAGAGCUCUGAGGAUAAAUCCUGACUUUAAACCUGCAGAAGACUGUUUAAAACAAUCAAUUAUUGACAGAGAAAAUGGGAAAAACAAAGAGAAGUUAAAAUAGCUGAGUGAUUUUUGGUCAAAUGCUGAAAACUGGACCAAAACAGUGCCAAAGUGCUUUGGAGAAUGUUACAGUGGUAGUGACAAUUAAUUAUCACAUAAGUAUUAUAAUAUAGGUCUAGAUAUAUAUUACAUGUAUGUAUAAGUUUAACACUGUAACACACGUAGUGUUAGAAAAGGAAUAGAGUCUUGUUGGGGUGAUAUAAGUUGUUUAUUCGCCUUUCUGUCUAUACCAGUUAUUAAAUACUCGUCAACGACGACAGUUUUAAAUUCCUGGUUGGACAGGGUUCUCAAAGGUAUGCACUUGGUUUAAAAACUUCUAGGAUUAUGAAAGCACAUUUUCUUCCUCUCAAGAACAGGCAAAGGAAUGUGCUGUGCAAGGAAAUUUAAACCACCUCCAGGAAUGUCAUUAAAAGACAAUCAAAAGAAGCUAUUUGCUAGUUAAUACUGUCUGUCGGCAAUAGUGGUCAGCACAUUACAACCUACUUUGAUUCAACUAGCUAAAUUUUACCAGGUGUUACA